CUAUGACACUUUGCGUUACGCCACGCGGCAGAAAACGCAACUCUAAAACGCUCUUAUUUGGGUGUGGCUGUAAAAAUAUCCAAAGAUAACAAAAGUGCUAAAAGCCAACAAAGGGAAAAGUCAAAAGUGUCAAAACACAAUUUGGAAGAAGCACGAAGAAGACUGAAGCUUAAAAGCGGAGGAGGUUUUACAGCUAAAUCCUUUGUUUAUUUGUAACAAAAAUUCCAGCUUAUACCAAUUUAUCGAAGUCUUGGCAAAAGGGCUUCCUCCAAGAAUAAUUUGGUUACACCUAGCUGCUGUUGAUGUGUAUCAGGUAAAAACCAAAAAGCGCAAGCAAAACAAGGAUAAGUAUACAUAUGUACGAAAGGUGCUGGCAUUUGGGGGUCUGGGACGCAAUGCUGCUAAAUGUGAUAUAGACCCCGCGGCAGCAUACUUAACAGGAUUUAGUACAUGAGGAGCAGGGAUAGUUUAACACAUUUUCUUGACUACUACGAAUAUUCAAAGCAAUUGCUCAAAACAAUACUGAACACGACUGCGCAAGAGAAUUAUUUGUGCAAAUAUCUUCACUUUGUGCCACUCAUUUACCCUGAUCAGUGCUAACUAUUUGCCAUAUCGGUGUUUGCGCGUAAAUUCAAUAGCUUCGAACAAAUAACUUAUAGGUCAUACACAGGCGCAAAAUGCGAUGGAUAGCGCACUUGGAUGGUGGACCACGUCGUGUCAAUCAUGCUGCGGUGGGUGUUGGUGAUAAGAUAUAUUCGUUUGGCGGUUACUGCACUGGUGACGAUUAUCGCUUAAACGAAUGCAUAGAUGUGCAUGUGCUCAAUACAAAUACGUUGCGUUGGGCGGUUGUACCGCUGAAACGAGAUGAAAAUGGUUUGCCACUAAAGUAUCCUGAAGUGCCGUUUCAACGUUAUGGCCACACAGCUGUUGCAUAUGGCGACAAAGUUUAUAUGUGGGGUGGCCGCAAUGAUGAGCAACUCUGUAAUGUACUCUACUGCUUUGAUCCGCAAACGUUGAGCUGGUUUCGGCCUGAAGUAAAAGGUGCAAUACCAGGCGCUCGUGAUGGUCACUCAGCGUGCGUAGUAGAUCACUGCAUGUAUAUUUUUGGUGGAUUUGUUGACGAAAUAAAUGAAUUUUCUUGUGACGUACACUGCCUUGAUUUUCGAACAAUGGAGUGGCGCUAUGUACAAACAUUUGGUGCCCCACCAUCUUUUCGUGAUUUCCAUUCAGCGGCCUCUAUAUACGGGCGCAUGUAUAUUUUUGGUGGACGUGGCGAUAAACAUAGUCCCUAUCAUAGUCAAGAGGAAAUGUACUGCCCGGAAAUUGUGUUUUUAGAUAUGAAAACAAAAAUGUGGCAUCGCCCGUCAACUACCGGCAAGAUACCUGUUGGUAGACGCAGCCAUUCAAUGUUUAUCUACAAUGGUCUCAUCUAUAUAUUUGGCGGCUACAAUGGAUUACUGGACCAGCAUUUUAAUGAUUUUUACACAUUUGAUCCGAAAUCCAAUUGCUGGAAUCUUAUUAAACCAUUUGGACGACCACCAACCGCGCGUCGACGUCAAGUGUGUAUAGUUAAAGACACGCACAUGUUUUUGUUUGGUGGCACCAGCCCUGAUCCCCAGAACAGCAACCAACUGAUUGAUAACAAUGACACUCAUCUGCUUGACUUUCAGCCUACCCUACGUACAUUAUCGAUAUUAGCCGUCAUAAAUUAUCGUUUGGACACAACUUGGUUGCCAAAAAAACUUAAAGAAGAAAUACGCUUACUGACACAGCCAAAUUCAUUAACAAGACCACUUAACCAUGCAGGUUAACAUUAACAGCAGCGUUCAACACACCGUACAACAAAUAUAUCACAGCCAAAAACACCUAUCGUGCGAAUAUUCAUCAGCAUACAUACACAGCAACAGAAACAUGCGAUUUCAAUAAAAAAAAAAAA